AUGGAUCGCACACGGUUUUCGAUCAGCUUACUGUGCGAGCAAAUAUCCAAAACUUGUCGCCUAUGCGGUGUGGAUAAUCCAGACAAGAUUCCAAUACUUGGCGCAGAAAGUUUCAUUGCAUCCGAUGAACCACCACUGGCGAAAAAGAUUGAACUAUGCAUAGGAAUAAAGGUCACGUUGAAGGAUAAAAUGCCGCAAUUGAUUUGUUCGUUGUGCGUCGAUAAGAUGAAUGAUUUCUACGAGUACCGUGUGAUGUGCGAAACCACAGAUCUUGAGAUACGGAAAAUUCUUCAUCUGCCCAUGGCACAGCCUGCUGCAUUGUUGAUGCCGAAAGCUGAACCGGAAAUCACUGCUAUAAUAACGCUGGAUGAUGAAGAUGUUGAUGUAAAACCGAGUGUUAAACGUGGCCCAAAAACAAGGAACCAAAAGAAACAACUAGAAGCCGAUGAGCCGGGUAACAGUGAAGAGGCUGAUAUUAAACCAGUUUUAGACGAACCUAGCGAAAAGCGCUCAAAGUACGAUUUCCCGUGCCAGUACUGUAAUGAAUCUUUCAUCCAGAGCUCCGAACUGGAGCGUCAUCGCGUUGUCAAGCAUACACCGCUAGUGCACAAGUUCGGCUGUGGGACUUGCAUGGAGUAUUUUGAUACGGCGACGGAGUUCAAGGAUCACAACCUUUGGCACAAGCUAACACGGACGGCAUUUGGUUGUUUCAGAUGUGGCAAAAAAUUUGUAAAAACCAGUACACUGAACAAACAUGUGUCGCUGAACGCUUGUAUAAGACUGCCACGGGUAUCGCAUGAAGUUACCCUCGUGCCCGAUAUGCAGUGCCAAUUAUGUCAGAAAAUAUUCAAAACGCGUAACUUGUACGAGUGGCAUGGGUGCUUCAUACGCGCUCGCUCCAACUGUCCGAAGUGUGGAAGAAAUUUUCUGAAGAAAAAUCUACUCAUGCGCCAUUUUAUACUGUACUGUAACGGUUCGUUCCCGAUUUUGGAUCCGAUUAUGGUUCCGAAGGAUGAACCGGGUACCGGGUCCAUUAACGGGCAACCGGGCAGCAGUGGUACGGAAGUAAAACGAAGAGGUCGUCCGCCACGUGCGGUUUCAAGCAUGAAGGAAGAAACGAUAGAUUUGCCACUACCGCCGCUACUGGAUCUGCCUGAGCUGAAAUCCGAGUCCAAUUCCAUGCCGGACGGUCACAAUUCGACCGAAUGCACAAUGUCUGGCACUGAAACGGAGGAUAAUCACAAGCGAUCUUCGCUCAUAGAGGAGACGAACAAGAUAACGACACUGUUACGUUCCGGCGAAUCGGUUGAUGGAAACACGGACCUAAGCACGAUCAGUAGCAUGCUCUCGUCGGUGAAUGAAGCCAUCGCUACCAUAUCGAAGGUGCGCAAAAAGAAAAAGAAACGCGGUCGGUUAUCUUCAUCCGGUACCGGUGUUGCCGGUGAUGCUUCUGAGAACCCGCCGAUGGUUGUAUUGUCGAAGGCCAACGUUAAGCAGGAAUUGCACGAGGAUUCCAACAUGUUGGCCACGUUGGUUGCAAAUAGUGCCGGCAUGGAAAAUGGUUUGAAUGAGGCGACAACGGCGAACGAUGAUCAUCGGGAGGCAGAAGGCGCAGAAUCGGAACAAGAUGUAGACGAUUAUGAUAAUGCGGCGGAAAGUUUUGCGCAUCAUAAUGAUGAUGCUGGGGACAGUGAUAGCGACGUUGAGAUCAUAAGUGUAGAACAAUACCAACCGACCGGUACCGGGACACUGUUUACUUCCAACUGGAACGAUAUGAUGCGACCGAAUGACGAGUCGGCGCAACCAAUGGAGGUUCAGGUUAAACAAGAACCGACGGCCACAAACGAUGGAGGAGAUGAGUCAGAUUUUGAAGGAUACGAAGAUGCUUCAAUGUUUGUUGCCGUGAAGCAAGAACCAGUGGAGGAAACAGUUGAAAUGUCCCCAGUUGAGCAAUGUUCUGUGGUGGAAAAACAACACGAAGCAUCAUUGUCAUCCUAUCAAGCGUUGCGAAUAAAGAUAAAGAAGGAAAAAGGAUGGCUUAACGCAUCCGUGGUGGGCGAAGAACCCGCUACAAUCGAUCCUAUAUCAACACCCGAAGAGCAACCCGAUAAACGUCAAACUCGUGGAGAUGGUACAACUAAGAAACCGACAAAAACGUCAACUAAGCGAACCAGCAAUUCCCCAGCGUUGCCUGCGGACCCAAAGCGUUGCCUGCGGACAUCGACAUCUGGGUUGAACGCGUCCAUUAAACAGGAACCGAUGGAAGCGGAAGAUGGAGAUCUGCAGGAAAGCGUGACGGAUUAUCAAGAUUAUCCACCUGAAGCCACAUUUAUCGAUACGACGACGGUACGAAUCAAACAGGAACCGCAAGAAGACAACAGCCCGGGUAGUCCUGCUGAAGAUGUGAUAACAUUCGAUGGGAAGCGCAUCAAGCGAGAACGUCUCGAUGAUGAUCCCGCUUCGCACAGCAAGCAAGCGUCCAGCGAUGAUUGCUACAAGAAAUUGCUUAAUCCGCUGAGUCUUUCGGGUGUACGGAUUGCUGCGGGAAAAAAAUCAGCCAACAGUCAGUCGAGUGUAUCGGUUAACAAAUCCAGCGUAAUGAUAAAUCCGUUUGCCUUGCUAAAACAACAGGAGAGUGUGCCGAACGUUACAGAGCAGGAAUCGGCCUCGAAGGACAGCACCGAUUCCUCGGCUGAUCAGUCGGAACGGUUCGGUUUGCCGGUAAUAUCGCAGGUAAAAUCGAUCGAUCCGGUAGAACAUUUAUCGUUAACUUCUGAGGAUAAUGUUGCGGCGGAACGAACACCUGUAGUAGAACAACAGCAAAAGGAAACUACGGUAGAGAUGGACAGAAAUGAUGGUACAAACAAUCUGAGGCAUACGGAUUCCCCUCCCAUGUCCGAACCGUCUGUUUCAGAGUCAGUACCAGUAGCUUCCCCACAGAAAAAUGUUACUGAGCUGAAGAUCACAUCCGUAACUACAAUUUCGGAAGAUAUUGUACCGCUGCCACAAGAAAAAAAUUCACCCACGACCACGAAUCUAGAAGAUAUUGUACCGCCACAUGAAAACGUUGGUGAGCUGAAGACAUUGUCCGUUACUACGAGUGCGCAAGAUCUUGUACCGCACCAAGCAAAUGUCAGUGAGUUGAAGAUAUCAUCCGUAACUACGAUUCCUGAAGUCAUGGAACAGGAUUUCCACAGUGAGGAUACAUACAAUGAACAACAAAUGUCAGCUGACGACGUCAAAAACAGCAAUGCUAAUGCCAUGCCAGAAGGUGUUCCAGAACGUGACGAUUCGGAAGAUCUGAUCUCACUACAAGCAACGAAAAAUGCUGAAACAACUAGCAGGUCGGAUGUGAAUGAUCACGUAGAAACAGUGGAUUCUUGUCAGGAUGAUGGAAAAUGUACAGUUGAUGAACAUAAUGAUGAUGAUGAAGACAAAGAACAAAAAACAUCUAUCAAUGAAGAAGAGAAACAAGAAAAAGAUUCCGUUGCUUCAGAGUCGUCGAAGAAGAUGCCUGAGAAUAUGGUUGCAACAAGUACGGAACACGAACAACAACAGCCCAACAAUCAUGACACAGUAGUUGCAGCCGAUACUACAGGUGAUAUCGAAGCAACUGCUGAAACAGACGUAGCGGAUGUUAACAUCAAUCCUGUAACAUGCUCGGAACAACAUCAAGAACUACCCCCAGCUGAAAGUUCACGAGAGAAGGAAGUUCAGCCAGACACUCAGAAGGAGGUUUGUGCCGUUGCUAGCAAUGAGGAAGUUUUGGCCGCAAAACAAUAA